AUGACCGUACAGGUGGGAGACUAUGUGAAAGCAUGCUACGACUUCCCAGGAGAGUCACCUUCAGAUCUGCCACUGAAGUCUGGAGAUGUUGCCAGAGUUACAGAGGUAGUAGACAGAAACUGGGCCGUGGGUUGCAGAAUCGGAACUCAGGCUAUGACUGGAAGUUUUCCGCUAGCUUUUGUGGAGGUUCUUACAUUACCAACGAUCCGCACUGGGCAGAAAGUGUUUCUAGCUAUUGAAGAUUUUCCCUCAGAGCAGACUGGCGAUUUGGAGCUCGCUAAAGGUGAUGUCAUUCUUGGUUUGGAACCUGUGAGUGAAUCAUGGUGGCGAGGCAAGAAUGGGCCCUUGAAAGGAAUAUUUCCCCUGACGAUGGUGGCAGAGCUUGAGUUGCAUGAUGGGCCUAGAUCCCGGUCAGCCAGCGCAUGUGGCAGUAGUUUAAAGUUGAGGUCAGACAGUGUGGUCUCUCAGUCAGACAUUGCUGGCCUCACUGGAGUCUCGAAGGUGACAGAGACAACAUUCGCCAGAGCCCUGGUGGACGUGACGCCGCAGCUGGAUGGAGAACUGGCUUUUCAGCUGGGGGACCUGAUUGAGAUUACUGAAGUUCUAGACGAUGAUUGGUUUUAUGGAAAAUGUCAUAAUAAGGAGGGUUUAGUGUCAUCGGUUUGUGUUGAACUUUUGGUAGAAGAUGGUGAGGGGAAUUCUGAUUCAGGCAGUAGGAUUAACCAGAAUCAGCCUGAGAGUUGUUCAUCUUCAAGACCAAUAGCACAAGAAUCAAAGUCAGUACGGUCUGUAAAUUCCUUGGAGCUGAAAACUGGGAAUAUAUAUAGUGGAUCUUUCACCAGUGAAAACACACGAUCUCACGAUGCAGAAAUCACUGCAUAUGGUCGGGUUAUGUUUCCUUUUGAGGCCCAAAUACCAACAGAGCUUACUCUGACCGAGGACAGUAUUGUUACGUUAAUUCAGCAUGUUGAUGCAGACUGGACAGAAGGUGAGCUUGAUGGCAGAAGAGGAUUGUUUCCCACCAGCUUCAUAGAGAUUAUUGUGGAUUGUCCUUAUGCUUACAGCCAGGACUUGACAGAAAAUCAGCCUUCCUUGGAGGUUCCAUCAGCUGUUGAUAAUGCUGAAAACAUAACUGCUGAUCUCUGUACAGAUGUAAAUACUGCUGCUGCUGCUGCUGCUAAUCAGAUUGUUUCUGAUGGAGGUUCAGUCUCCUGGGCUGCAAAUGAAGACUCAGAUAAGGCUCAGAAUGACGUGCAGAAUAGAUACUUCUCAGGCACUGGUGGCUAUGCUGAUAUUGAGGAGAAUCAUGAGAUAGGCCUAGUCUUGUAUAACUUUAUGGCCGAGGUUGCUGGGGAUAUAUCUGUAAAUGAAGGGGACACAGUGGAGGUGAUUAAGACACUAGACGAAAAUUGGUUAAGGGUUCAAACAGAAGAUGGUCAUGUGGGACAGGUGCCACGAAACCAUGUGGAGAUCAUCGGACCUUGGCCAAAAUCAAAGUCAGACUCUGAUGCCAUUGCUUCUGCCAGUGUUGCAAGCUCAUCUGUAAAAAGUUUUCAAGAAAAGUUUCAACGGGCAAAUUCAGAAAGCACAAGCAUAGGAGCGUUCACACCUAACACUUAUGGGGGUCUUACAGAACAUAUCUCUGACAUGACAACUGAACAGAAGUAUAGCACAAGAGCACCAGCAUUGCCUAGAUACCCCGCCCCUGUUCGUAAAGCAAGCCUGCCCUCAAAAUUUAAGCCGCCUCUCCAGCCAAAGCCUAGCUUAUCUCCUAAGCCUAAUAUUCCUGUAAAACCCUCUUUUGUAGCCAGCCAGCCGUCUUUCACAAGAACCAAGCCUGGUUCCUUUUCUGCAUCUGGCGCUAAGCGAUCUGUAUUUGAUAACAGAACUAAUAGUCUGACAUCUUUAGAUUCUUUAAUUGCUGAAGAAAUUUCUAAAGCUAAAGGGGAAAGAAAUUCAAAGGAUUCAGAUAUUAUGUCUAGGAGUUCAUCUCCAUCUUGUUGUAAUUCGUUAUUGGAGAACUUAGAUGAGCACCGUAUUCCCAGUGUUUCUGUAAUGUUUUUACAGAAACUAAUGUUAGUAGUUCAGCCAUACUUCCCCAGCCACCAGACCAGAGUGUUAAUAAAUCUGUUUCCUUCCUUUCUCAUGGCACAAAUGUUCUUGUUUUCUUUAAAUGAUAAAAAUACAGCAUCGUUUCAUCGCUUCCCCGCGAGAGCUGCCCCCCCAAGACCUGCUAAUUCUGUUGCCUCAUCCCCCUCUCACAUUGCCCAGAUGUCCGCAGGAAAAGUCAAAGGUCCUCCCCCUCGACCUACAGGACCUAGGAUGGCUUCGGCCCCACCCAAAACUCCUCUAGUGCCUGUGAGAGUGGCACCUUCACCUAAGUUAAUUCCAAAGAGAUCUGCUCCGAUGGCACCUGGCAUACAAAAACGUGAUACUACAGCUGCAGCCGCCCAGAAUAUUCCACAGAAGAGCCGGUUACCUCAGCAGCAGUCUCCAAAACAGAACACUUUUGCCACUGCACCAAAACGACCACCACCUCGUUCAGCAGAUCUGAUGUCUUUUAGUCCUGAUAGACCUGGAGCUGAUGUAUCUGAGGAAUCUACGCUGGAGCUUGUGGCUGACCUGAAGUGUAAGCUAGAAGAGAACCAAGCUGAUAUUAAGAAGUUUGAACAGACCAAGUCAGACUUGCAAAAAAACUUGAGCCGAGCGAAUAGUCAAGAAAAAGAAGCAGAAACUAAAGACCAUCUAGAGUUUGUGGAGAGGCAGUUGUGUGGCUUGCAGGAAGAGGAACGCAGUCUAAAAGAAAACCUGUUUGCCCUGAGCCCUCAUGAAGCCCGACUGGAGAAGGCCAGGCUUUUGGCAGUCCAGCAAGUUGAAGAGGAGGAGAAGCGAAAGGAGGAGGAGAAGAAACGAGAAGCAGAAAUGAAAGAGAAAAGACGAGAUCAGAGGUCAAAGGUGAUUCAAGAGAUCUUAGACACAGAGAAAGAUUAUCUGCUGAGCCUGCAGCUGUGUCUGGAGACAUUCAUGGAUGGGCAGAAACCUCCUGGGGGCGUUGACCUGGCCUUUCUCCUGGGAAACAUGGAAGAAAUAGCAGACGUCAGUCAGAAAAUGGUGGUCCACUUGGAGACUUGCAUCAGUGGCAAGAGUUUUACAGAACAGUGUAUAGGAAAGUGCUUCACCCAUUUUGCCGAAGAUAUGAGAAACACAUAUGCCCCAUAUUGUAGAAAUCAUGACGAUGUUCUGGCGGCCAUGGAGCGGUAUAUCGACAGCUCUGAAAUCAAUGAUUAUUUCAACACGAAGAUUGAGAAGAUGAGGGAGCAGAUGAAUGUCUUUGAUGUGGCUGGAGUCCUCAUAAAGCCGGUGCAACGGAUACUGAAGUACCCCCUCUUGCUGAAUGAGUUACUGAAAAACACAGAACCAGAUCACCCAGACAGAGAAGAUAUUGUGGCUGCCAUCACGGCCAUAACGGAUGUGGCCAAAGCUAUCAAUGAGUAUAAAAGGCGCAAGGAUCUUGUAUACAAGUAUAAGAAGUUGACAGACCAGACUUUCAGUGACAAGAUAUCCAAGUUAAACAUGCAUUCUAUCAGAAAGAAGUCCAGUAGAAUCCGAGGCAGACUCAGCACCAACUUUGGAAUAGCAUUGCAGAUGAGGGAUGAACAUUUUGAGAAAGAAGAAGCAAAGUUUCGCCAUCUGGAAAGAGCAGUGAAAGUUUUUCUUCGUGGUGUCAUUCAGUUUUUGGAUCAAAGCCAGGAGACCAUGCAGUGCCAGGAGAUUGUAGCAGAAGGCAUCAAAGAUUUCUACAAGGACAAGGAAUGUGAGGAAGCAACCAAGCUGCACCAGAUAACACUCAAACUGGUGGUAUUAUACGAUGUCAUGAAAGAGACGCUGGAGAAUGUGGUGACCUCGUUAAAUACUCUGGUUGGCUUGUUUAUUGCCCCUGUCAAAGUAAUAGAGAAGAGGUUCGACAAGUUGCUGGAUUACAACAAUUUGCUUGGCAAGGCAGCAAAUGAUAAGGAGCUGCAAGCGGCUAAAAGUGACUACGAAGCCAUGAAUGCUCAACUGCUUGACGAGCUGCCCAAAUUUUAUGAUCUGGCUCUGACGAUAUUAAGACACUGCAUUGCUGUAUUUGUACUUGCCAGGCGGGAUUUCAUGGAGAAAUCGCUGAAGGAAAGCUGUACUUUAGUGGAGCUGCCAUUCAUGGCAAAUAAAAUGCCUUUAAUGGAGUCCUUCAAAACCCGUCACAUGACAGCCUUUGAUCAGCUGUCCUUACUCAGCUUCAUCCCAAAAGGAUUUAACCCCAGAAUGGACACCAUCAAGGCUGACAGAGCCAAGCAAAAGGGUCGUACCAUCACAGAAAGUGUUUCUCAACAGAAUGCUCCCCCCAGCUCCCAGACUGAGAGUCAGAAAUCAUUGCUGCAGAAACAGUAUCCAGCCAGUAAACUGUACGUGGUCACUUCUGCCUACACUGCCACAGAUGCCAUGGAUAUCUCACUGACAGAGGGCGUGCUAGUCGGGGUCAUCAAGGAGCUGGAUCCCAUGGGUCAGAAGGAUCGAUGGUUUAUUGAUGAUGGAGCUAAGAAAGGGUUUGCUCCCUGUAGCAUCCUGAUACCACUGGACAGUGUCCUCGUGGACAAUGGCAGUGUGACUGGCGAAGAGGAUGACCUGAUUUCAGUCCUGAGCUGUGAUAGUGGAGAUGUUGUUUUUACUGGCAAUGAUGACAGAGUGGAGUUCCAUGCUGGAGGCUCAUUGGCAGAGUCGAUUGUACAGGAGCAGGCGCAACAGCAGUAUUACUAUGCGCUCUAUGACUUCGCAUCUCGACAUCCCAAUGAAACAUCUCUAGUGGCUGGUCACCCUGUCACCGUCCUUGCCUCCCAUGAUGUCAACGGCAACUCAGAAUGGUGGCUGGUGGAAUCAGAAGGCAAUCGGGGCUAUGCCCCAGCCAACUACCUGGCUGCAAUGCCUUACAGUUAG